UCCAUUGAUCAACGAUUUUUUUUCAGAUUUAUGAGGCUAUAGUAGCAGAAAUGUUUAGACUGAACCCAUGGAGGUUGAUUUUCUCUACCCUUUGACCUGACCUGACCUGACCUAAGCAUGGUUUCUCGAACCCUCGUCUCCCUCCCUCUUCACCUUCCACCCCUACCCUUCAUUCUCCUCCUUUUUCUCCCUACAAACCCAGGAAGUUCAGCCAUUAAUAAACCUAAAACCUUAUACAUUGGUGGAGUCCUCAGCACAACAGCAACUGCACAGGCGUUCACAAUGGAGGCACAGCAUAUUGAUUACCAACACCUCUAUCUACCUGAGAAUGUGAGCCUCUAUGAUUCUACACAGAUAAUGGAUUCGAAUCCCAUCAAAACCGCCAUAAUCGUCUGCAAUAAGCUUAUAAAAGAGCGGGUAAGUUAUACAAAUUCAUUAAUAAAAUCAUCAUUGUUUUUUACAGGUUAA